AUGAGACUGAAACAGUGUGAGGGGCGAAGGGAGGAAACCUCGGUGCUGUGGUCCUCCCUCCUGCUGCCUCAGUAUAAGACUGCAGUUCUGCUGAAGUCAGUCCACACAGACAGGAUGCACUCGACCUCCUCCUCAUGCCGCUCCACUGCCAGACCACAGGUGUUGUGCGUUCAGAUGUGUAUGUUCUACUGUGCCAUGUGCCUGGCCGGCUGGCCGCUUCCCUCGGAGGCAGCCAGACUCCGCUGCGGCUCUGAUCUCCUCAGUGACCUCAUAUUUGUGUGUGGGGAUCGUGGAAUCUAUUUAGGUAAAGGUACGUGGUCUGGUUAUGGUGCUCGGCCCAGAGGGAAGGGGAUAGUGGAUCAGUGUUGCCGGCCAGCCGGCUGUGAACUUCAGCAUCUGGAGAUGUACUGUGCCAAACCAAAGAUCCAGCAGCACAUCACAGCUUACCCAGCCACAACAACAGCAGCACACACUACUACACAGCUGGACGUGGAACAACAGUUCCAAGCAGUAUUUCACAAGAGACUUGUAGAGCACCUGGGAACUCCCAACAGUCCAAAGAGGGACGCAUCUAGAAGGAAAACACAGCCUUCAGGCCAACGGAAACGCAAAUCAUCAAACAGGAGGAAUAACAUAGUGAACACAUCCAGCAGGCCUCCCGCAGCCUCUGAGAGUCCCCUUCCAAGAAAGAGACUUGAGUCUUGACCUCUGAUCUCAUGAAGAGCUGCAUAUUUAUAGUUACUGGAUUGGACCCAGCAAGUUGGAAAGUCUGAUUCUGACUGUUAAGAAAUUCUCUGGAUAACAGUGGCGGAAAAUCACUCCAGAGCACCAGAUUAUGAACAGAUUUGGAGCUGUCAUGUGAAGUAAUACACCCACUGGCAGCCAUAUUGGAUCGCCUCAGCUCCAGGAAAAAAUUCAACUGCUCUCCCUUAUCCAUGAAAUCCAUCCACACUCUUUUAGCUUUAAAGGUCCCAUAUUUUACACUUUUCUGGUGUAAUUUUAAGUUUUGAUAUCCAUAAGAAGAUAUAUGUUUGGUUUUCAGUACCUGUUUCAAUUGGUUUUUUUCAUGCUUCUGUUUGGAGCUCAAGCAAGAACAGUUUUGGUUUUCUUCUGAGUGGCUGACUGUUUUCUGAGUGAUGCACAGCCAGGCCAACCACAGGUAUGGUGGGUCCAGGUGGGCGUGGCUUGGGGCAUUGGUGAGUGUGGUGACUGCUUUGUUGUGACAUCACAAAGUUGCAGAAGUCCUAAUGGCUUGUUUUAAGGCUCAGUUUCUGAAAACAGGCUGUGUGCAUUCUCUGUGAACUGAGCACUUUGAUACUUUGACAGUAUUAAUAUAAAACCUAGACCUGCUUUAUAAUCAAACAACACAUGUACAUCACUUUAUACAAUAUGGGACCUUUAAAUGUGUAUAUUACAAAUCACUUCUAAUAGCUCUUUACUUGACUGGCCUGCAUCUAUCAACCUGGUAAUGUUUAUCCCACGAUGGUCUUGGGCUCAUGGGAAACGGUGUUUGUUACAAGCUGUGAGCUAAACAAAAAACAAUGCAUUUUUAACCAUCCCCGUCUAGACAAAUGGAGUGUGCCACUAUUGGUUUUCAUUAAUUUCCUAUAUUAGAAAUUACAAUUUGAAUGUGUACAAAGAUUUCCUGGUUGUUCUGGUUUCUCGUUAUUUAUCAGGCCUUUUCCACUGCAGUAACUUACAGCCCUGAGGCUUCCAGUCAUUUCAGUCCCUAGUGAGGAUUUGGCAUGACGUUCAUCAUGUGUUUCCAGUUUAUUUAAAACAGUAGUAAUUUAUUUGAAAAAAAUGUUAACACAUUAUCAUGUCUGUGUCAUGAAUGUGUUAGCAACCAGUGACUUAUUUAGAUAUUUAGCAAACAUGUAGCAUUCAUUUGGAGUUGUAUUCCCUCUCCUUUAGCUCUGUUUUUGGUCUCCACCACCUCCGAAGAAAAAUAUCAGACUCUUCAGCUGCUAAAUGAACCACUAUGUUCACCAGCUGGUCUCUAACUGUGUAUGUCUGCUGUUUGCUGCUGGACAGGGACCUGACAGUGGCAUGUUAUGUUAGGUUCCUUCAUUUUGGUUCUAUUUUUGACAAAGAGCUAGCCAAUCAUGAUGUCACUGAGAUGCUAGCUUGUUAGCCACUGUAGCUAAUGAUAUUUUCUCAUUAGUCUGUUUUACUUUAUUUUUCACUUUUUAAUUUUUUGUUUUUCUUUAUAGCACUUUGACUAAAUGACAGUAGCUGUACCCUGAGUUUUGGAUACAGACAUUAGGGCAGAAUGUACUGAAGACGUUUGUGGACUUAUUGAAUGGUUCUGACUGAGCUUAUUUCUAUUUGUGUUGUAAUGAUUUUUUUUUAUGUUUCCUCUGUCUGAGAUUAUCUAGCAUGUUGUUUAUUGUUUUAAAUUUUGUGUAUGAACAUGUUUAAUGUAAAAGACUUUGAAUACAUUCAUUAUUUAUUUCACUAUGACUGUAAUAAAUAUCAAAACAACUGUG